AUGCCGCAUGCACUCCCAACACCACCAGACACGCCGGGCUCGUUGAGGAUCAAGCCGUCGCCGCGACUUCAUGAACUCAGCACCGACACCCCAGUGCUGUCCGGCACGUGGCCCAGGAACCGCGGCCCGGCUUCAGGGCGGCAUCCUCCGCGCGCCGACUCACUCUAUGCGAUGGAGUCCUCACUGCAACUGCAGACGUCGACCUCGAGCCCGACCUGUGCCUAUGGACCCUUCGCUGCGUUCGCAGAGUGCCGCGCCAUCCUGGCCCGAGCAGACGCUUCAUUCGUGUAUCGCUCCGGGGAGCUCGCGCGGCUGGAAGCGGUAGCGUACGUCGUGGAAGUGUUCUCCGCUGCGGGUCCCAGGCCAAGCACAGUUGUCGGGGGCGAGGAGCGCCCAGUCUUGAUCAGCCCAAGUGCGAGAUCGUCCAGCCUGCGAUCGAGCAUCUCUUCCAUCACAUCUUUGACAAGUUCACCCUUCUUGGGCUCACCCUUCACACCCCCAUCACCUACGCCCAUCUAUAAGAUGCCGCUCCCUGUCCCACCUUCACCGGCACGACCAAAGACCUCAGACCAGGUCCUGCUCACGUUUCGCCGCAUGCUGAGCUCGCCACCACCGACACUACGUCUGUUCCUCAGCAAGCAUCCUGCGCUCUCCUUUGCCUUCGAGCCCAAUGGCCUGGAAUACGUGGCGCCGCCGCGCCUCGCGGUGAUGCGCAUUCCUCAGUCCUCGCCCGCGCUCGUCCUGCACGACCUGCUAGUGCUUGAUCAGCACAUCUACACUCGAUCACGGCCCUCUCACUCUCCAGUUUACCCCACGAAUCCAUUCUCCUCCCUCAGCCGCGGCAUACAGGACCCGGAGGGUUUCGGCGUCUGGCGCACCAUAGCGGCAUACCUCGCCGCCAUCCUCGCGAAGGAGGGCGAAUCAAGCGUUCGUGACUGUCUCGGUGAAGUCCGGGAUCUUGCGCGGGAGAGGUCCCAAGCCAGGCGGGCAAUGCGUGAUGGCAGCCGGAGGCAUGAUCGACAAGAAGUCCUGCCUACGGCACGGCAGAACGCCCUCCUGAAGAGUGCAGGACUGCCCCAUCUUACCCCUCCUUGA